GAUAAUUUAGCAAACAAGCAGUGUUUCAGCUUAUAAAACCAUCAAUUUACCCUAUUUCUUCAUCAACGCAGUUAUUACUUUAGAAAUGAACAAGAUAGAGAUUAUUACCCAGCCAUCGCAACCCUCAGUGGAAAUCUCCGAGGAGGAGACCAUGCACAAGCUCCAAGAGUUGGUGCUACAAAAUCCAAGUCCCUCCCAUGAAGAGGAAGGCGAUAACGAUGAUGAUCAAAAAGAAGAACAUAAGCAUCACAAUGAAGAGCACCAUAAACAUCACAACAAAGAGCACCACAAGCACGUCCAUAAUAGCAACGGUGCUGACGACAAGAAGGAAACUCCGAAGAGUCCGAACCCAAUGGUUCAAUUGUCAAAAGACUAUUCGAAAAAGCACCCCAAAAAUAGCAAGAGCUCCAAGGAGCAUGCUAAAACAACCACUGAUGAGAAAGUUGACGCCUCAAGCUCAAGUGAAACCUCCUCCGGAAGUGAAUCAGAUGAAGAGGUAGAAUAUGAUGAGGAUGGCUUUGAGAUCCCACCGGGGAAAAUACCCUUGGAUGGACAUUUUUCCACUGAGGAAGUGCAGCAUUUGAUUGAAAUUGCCCAAAAAGAAGGUUUCUUGAAAGAAGAUGUUGCUGUUAAAGUGGUGGAACGAAAUAAAUUGAUUGGUGAUAAGAUCGUUUUGAUUGAAGACGAUAAAAAGAAGAACUACACCCAUAAAUCAGAAUUGACAGAUAAGGAAGAGAACAAAGCUGACACUAAAGAUUGAUACAAGAUUGGCUUUUCUUUGUCUUUUCUUUCUUUCACUUCUUGUUUUUCUGUUACUUUUAUACUUAGAUUCUACUUCAC